GCACUCACUUGACGCUUUCUAAUAGACCUUUUAUUCUUUUUUUUGCUAGCUUUUACUCAACGCGUAUACUAAUCAUUAGGUAUGGCAACAGACAUCUCUGAACUCGAUAAGAAUGCUGAUGUAGUUCCAAGUCAAACUGUAGUAACUUCGAGCAUUGUAAUCCCUUCUACGUCUACUGCUAAACGUUCUAGUCGUAGUGAUGCCUUGCCGAAGCGGCGUGCUAGUAGUGAAAUCUCUAGACAUAAUACGGAGGAGGCAAAAAGACCUCGAUUGGAUAUGACUAACAAUGAAGUUAAGAAGCGAAGCCAGAGAAUAUUUGGAAUGCUACUAGGCACUUUAACUAAGUUUAAAAAUGAAAGUCAAAAUAAAACUGAAGCUGAAAUCAAACGUGAGCAAAUUGACCAAAAGCUUCAAGAGAAGUUAAAAAAAGAUCAUGAAGAAUUGGUUGAAAAAAUGAAAAGAGAAGAGCAAGAACGAAAAGAAAAGAUUGCAAGAGAAAAAAGAGAGGCCGAAGAAAAAAGAAUAAAUGAUUUGAAAGAAUGCUGGAAGAAUCAAAAGAGGAAUCUGGCCAAUUUUCUCUGCACUACUACUGAACCUCCUUUAUAUUAUCUUCCAGCUAGAUUAUCUCAACCGAUGUUGGAGACUAUAGCGGUACAGAAACGCCAUUUAGCGUUAACACUUUCUUCUUCAAUACAUCAAGAUGGAAUCUCGACAAAUGAGGAUGAAAAUAAUGCUGAAGAUAUCGAUAUGGCAGAGAAAUCUAAUGAAGAAGAAGACCAACAUAAUAAAGAAGAAACUGAAGAAAGUCCAGGGGACAUAAAAGUGGAAACUGAACAACCAGAAGUUAAAUUUGAAGAACCUUCCGACAAAGUUGAAGAUCAAGGAGAGAAUAGCGCAGUGGAGACAGUGGAAAAUGCUGCAGACGACUAUACAGAUACUAAUGAUGUGGUCCAAGAAGAAAAUCAGACUAAAGAUGUUGUAAAUACAGUUGAUAGCAAGGACGAUCCGGUAGAGUAUUAAUUAUAUGUAUAUAGUUUAAAUUAUAAUUUUUAUUA